UAGCUGAAAUUAGCUUGAUAUCGUGUCAUUAGUGCAGAUCGCCUGGAUAUAUAUGAGAACUGUGCUGGUAGGUCUUUUAGUUUUGAGCAAUAAAGCAUAACCUCCAUAAAUUGCUUAAGAGAUAAAUUUGGCAUCUAUCUGUUUUCAUCCCCAGUCACCGUUACUGGAUCUCCAGACCCUUGAAGAAAAUGACUUCUUUUGCUGCGUUUGCUCAGCACAUAUGGACACGUUUUGUGGGCGAAAAGAAGCCUGGCUGGAAGGGCCGGUCGUGCCUGUUUGCGAUCUGCAGCUCCGUCAGUUUGAUGGUGAAUGUGUUCCUGUUCCUAGCAGGGUAUUCCUUCCUAGCAGACCACCCCACGUUCUCUGCAGUCGCACCCCCAUUCCUCUGGAUUGCCCUGUCCAUGGGUUUGUUUCUGUCCAGGCACCUGCGAUGCUUUGCUGCGCUUUUCUUCCUUUCCUGUGGCCUGCGCGAAGGAAGGAAUGCCCUGAUCGCUGCCGGGACUGGGGCGGUGGUAGCUGGCAACAUCCAAAACAUUUUCCACAACCUAAAUCAGCUGGUAGACAGCAUCACUUGCAUCCUUCAAUCACAGCGUUUCUCCUUCCUCGGCCGCUACAUCGAAGCGAUACGGUGGAUAUACAAUCAGAGCAAGAUCUUGGGCAACCCGUUCAAAGACGUUGUGUCAGUGAAGGACAAGCUGAAUGUGUCUUACGCCGUUUCGGACGAAGGCUUGAAGCUGAGGUUGAGUGAGACGAGGCUCCACAUCCAGAACGUUGCCAGGCAGAUUUCCUCCAUACUAGCCCUACCGCCCUACCUGGGCAAGAAAGUGCUCCCUCUGCUGGGGGUUCUUUUCAUCGUUCUUGGGACAUUACACUUCAUGAGGAAAUUCCUGAGUCCCCACAACAUCAAGUUUAAGAACACUUACAUUACGAAAGCGUUUAUUCGCUACGAUGAGCGGCAGCGGCAGCAAAGGAAGCUCUGUGCCCUUCCCCUCAGCAAAGAAGAAAGAGAGCUGUACACAAUGGUUCCAUCCUUUUGCCAGACCCAGAAAGAAAGGAAAUGCACGGCACGCUUUUUUCUCCCUGUGCUUGCUAACCUUUGCAUCUGGGCUCUCUUUGCAGCACUAGAUUAUUUGCUUUACUGGCUCAUUUUUUCAGUGAGCAAGCAUCUCCAAGAUUUCCCUGAGCUAGAGGUCCAUUUGAAAUUGUAUUACCAUAAAAAUUCUGACAAAUUCAUAUUCAACCAUGGGGAGAUUGUGGACAAUAAGACUUCCUUCAGCAGUCCUCUCUUUGAGCAUGCCUGUAUUCCCAGACCAAAUGUUCCCCACUCAGCAACUUGGAUCCAACUGGGUGUCAUCAUCUUCUUUUUAACAGUGCUUGGGCUGUGCGUCUCUACGUUUACGCAACUUAAAAUCCUAGUGGCAACAUCAUUCUAUCCCAGCACAGACGUGAAACGGAUAAAGUAUCUGCACUCAAAAUUACUGAAGAGAAGAUCAAAGCUCCCUGAGAGGAAUCAGAAGAGGAAGCUGAAUUCGUUUGCAACGUUACAUUUCUGGUUCCCAAUCCUCCAGGCAAUGAGGAGUUCCAGGAAGAAACAAACAGAGGUGGCAAAAGUCGGCAGCGUUUAAGGACGCAAAGAAAAUCUCUAUGAAGAAAUCCAUGGUUUUACAAGUGAAUAAACGGUCUGAUGCAUUUGAUUUUUCUUACAUUCAUUCACUUUUCACCUCUGACUCUCACCUUGUCAUUCAGCUUUGAAGUCAUCAAGCUGUACAGACUUGUCGGUCUGACACCCUAAGUGAUACCACUGCAUAAUUCACAUAUUUCUUUCUGUACCUGCCUCCUCCCUUGCAUCUUCUAGUAGGAGAGCUCAGAAUUCUUUGCUUUCUUUCUCUUUUCUUUUCUGCUGCCUUUGUCUGAUCUUUGCCAAUGUUCUUUUCUGUGGGUGGAUUUGCUCCCCUCCCCGCCUGGCACUAUAUAUCUAUCAUCACCCAAGUGUCAUCAGUCCCUCCAGCCACCUUCCACUUCAUGUUUUAUUUUUCACAGAUGAAAGAACUCUAGCUUUCGACUCAACAUGAACGAUGCAAAUUUGAAACGAAGGGUUUUAGUUAUUCAGAACCAAUUAGGAUUACUGGGUUUCUUUCCUAAUGUUGCUUCUAGUGGUGCUGUGACCUCAUUCCACACACACAAGCUCACUCCAUCCUUGUGUACACCAGUGACGCUGCCUGUACAGAGGCCCCUCUGACUCACCCAUUCCACCCACAUUCUAAAAAUGCAGGACUUCCUCUUUUUUUUAAAGGGAAUGAGAUGUUGAAUUUGAUGUGGGGAAAAAUCCCCUAAAUCAGAUCAGCUGCAGUUUGAAAAAUUAAUGAAGGCCUGACCCAGUUGUCUUGGGAUGGCAAUCAAAACUGGCAAGGUCCGGAACACUGACACUCCUGAAGUAUGACCUAUAUGUAAUGUGCAGAAUGCCUGGAGGGUUGCUUGUUUAUUUUUCUCCUUUGCUUUGCUACAAAAUCCAAAGACUGUGAGUAACUCAUUUCCCCAGAGAAACUGCUCCAGACUUGCGUUUUGCCAUGACCAUGGUUGAACUCUUCAUUUCUAUGGUGGUAGCGUGAAUUUCUACCACUGGUAAAUUUUGCAGAUAGAAGGAUGGAGGGUUCAUGGGCACCAAGAUUGAGACACUAGGACAGUAGUAGGGGGAGCCGAGUAUUCAUCUCCGUAGGUGGGACAACAGAGUAGAUAAUCCCUUAGUGGUACAGUGAAUAAUGUGGCCUGUGUUAAAUCCCAGGUAUGUCUAGCUGCAGGAUUCUAGAAUUGGGAGUUAUUAGCCAUUAUGAAGCUUAUUUGUAUUGAAUCAAGCAAUUGCUUGAUUAUGUUAAUUUGAAGUGAUAGCCAGGGCAUGUGUACUAAUAGAUUGAUAUUUUUUUUUGCACGUUAGAUCAGCCUCAGAUGAGCUCCGAUGGUGCCGUGCCAAUGAUCCCAACCCAAAACAAUAAGAAUCACAGUGCCAAUAAUCUACCUACAAACUGAAGCACAUAGCUAUUCACAUACAAUUGUGGCAAUAGCUUUAUCACAGUAGGAGACUUCUGUGACGACUGGUGCAAGGCUGACUGCUUUCCACUUAGAUGUCUUAAUCGUGAGGAUUACUACAUAAUACAGAGAUGGGACUGGGGCAUG